AUGGAUAUUUGGGUGCUAUCAGUUGGUGGAAAGAAAAAAGGAAGAGUUGCAGGUCUUGGCUCAUUGGGUCGAUCUGUAAAAGUGCCUAAGCAAACAACAUCUGAUGUGUCGGAAGAAGUUGAUGAUCGGAUUACAACGCAAGGUCAUGCGUUAAAUGCUGAGUUAUAUAAUCAGUUGGAAGAAGAACAUCGCCAAAAUGAAGAGAUGAGGCGCCAAAAUAAAAAGAUGAGACGCCAAAACAAAAAAAUGAGGAAGGAGUUAGGUAACACAAAUGAGAAAUUAGCAGCACUGGUAAAGCAUGUGGGUUACUCGGCAUCAUCUUCGAAUGCACAACCAUCAUCUUCGGAAGACAAUCAAGAUUCACAAAGUGAUAAUGAUGAUAACAACAACUCGGUAGAUGAGUAA